AUGCAGACUUUCUCCUAUGCUGCCUGCCUGCUACGCUGGUUUCGCAUCGAAGGUCUCAGACUGGAGGCACUGGCAUUGCAGGGAAGCAGCCAGGAAAAGGGUCGACAUCAUCAUCAUCACCAUGCGACUGCUUCCAGUCCAGUGUCCUCGGUUCAAACCUCAAACGUGCUCGGUUCCACCACCUCUGAUGGAGGCGAGGAUAAGAAAGGAGCUGAAGCUUACUAA